AUGGUGAAGAGUUGCUGCAUCGGAGCUGGCUACGUCGGUGGCCCAACAAUGGCUGUCAUUGCCAUCAAGUGCCCAUCAAUUGAGGUUGUUGUCGUCGAUAUCUCCAAGCCUCGCAUUGACGCCUGGAACAGUGACACACUCCCGAUCUACGAGCCUGGCCUCGAUGAUGUUGUCAAGGCCUGCAGGGGCAAGAACCUCUUCUUCACCACCGAUGUCGAGAAGCACGUUGCCGAGGCCGACAUCAUCUUCGUCUCGGUGAACACUCCCACCAAGACCCGUGGUCUUGGAGCCGGCAAGGCUGCGGACCUCACCUACUGGGAAAGUGCUGCCCGUAUGAUCGCCGAUGUCUCCAAGUCUGACAAGAUCGUUGCCGAGAAGUCCACCGUCCCUGUGAAGACCGCAGAGGCCAUUGCUUCUGGUGUUCGUUGCGCAUCCUCUCACCCCUGAAACCAUGAAUCCCUCUGCCCCCAAACCAUGUCCCGGACACUACCCAAACCCUA